AUGGGGAGAAGAGAGGAUCCUGCAUGGGCCCGAGGUACGGUCGGUUUGACCGCGGCCCGAGAACGUGGCUAUGUGGAUCGAAAAUUCCAGAAUCGUCUAACUGUGACUCGUAGUAUGAUAGACCGAUUGGGUCUGGAAAAGGAACUCCACGGGCAUAUGGGCUGCGUGAACUGCCUCGAAUGGAACUACGAUGGCUCUGUUUUGGCGUCGGCGUCGGACGAUCUUCACGUCAUCCUGUGGGAUCCAUACCGAUAUAAACUGCUCCAUAAAAUAGCCACUGGGCACACGGGAAACAUAUUCUCUGUGAAGUUUUUAUCGAGUGAUGCGCUGGUCACUUGCGCAGCCGAUGGGUCGGUGCGCGCUCGCACUGUCUGCGGCUCGUCCUUAUGGGAGUGCUCCUGCCACUGUGGCAGAGUGAAGAGGCUGGCAUCGGCGCUGGACAACCCCUACCUGCUCUGGUCGGCUGGCGAGGAUGGCCUUGUGUUGCAGCACGACGUCCGCACCGCGCACCGCUGCAACUCGAGCCACGCGAACGUUCUGGUGAACCUGACGAAUCACCUGGGCCGGCACGCGGAGGCCAAGUGCGUGGCGGUCAACCCGCGCAGGCCGUACCAGCUCGCCGUCGGCGCGAACGACUUCUACGUGCGGCUCUACGACACGAGGAUGAUCAAGCUCUCCAAGGUACAGAUGCGGAGCCCGCAGUCCCAGAUUCCGUUCGACCGCCAGAGCGCGGUGAGCGCGCGCGCCGCCAACGGCGACCCCGACGGCGAGCUGCCGCGCGCCGCCGUCCAGUACUUCGCACCCGGCCACCUAUCCCUGGACCUCAAAGACCACAGCUUCCCGAAGAAGGCGACCACCUACGUCGCCUUCAGCCACGACGGCAACGAGCUGCUCGUCAACUUGGGUUCCGAACAGGUGUACCUGUUCGACAUCAACUCGGCGCGCCGGCCCGUGCUCGUGGAGAGCUUCAUCAUCGAGCAUAACCACGCUUACCGCGAGGGUGAGGACAAGCAGCCGCCCAAGAACGGCACCAACGGCGCUAACGGCCCCAACGGCACCAUCGAGCCCCAGCAGCAGCUGCCCGACAGAGUGCGCCAGCUGAAAGAGGCGGCCAACGAGCUGGUGGGCAAAGGGAACUACUCGGCGGCCAUCGAGCUGUACAACAGGGCGAUAGCGGAGUGUCCGGAUUGCGCCGUGCUCUACUCCAACCGGGCGGCCACCCUCAUGCGUCGUGGUUGGGCGGGCGACGCGUACGCGGCCAUCCGCGACUGCUACGCCGCCAUCGGGCGCGACGCGGGCCAGGCCAAGGCGCACUUCCGGCUGGCCAAGGCGCUGGCGGAGCUGCGGCGCGCGCGCGAGGCCGACGCCUGCCUGGCCUACUUCGCGCGCCGCUUCCCGCGCCACGCGGCCAGCCACGCCGUCUUCCUGCUGCAGAAGGACAUCCGCACGGCGCUCGACGCCCACCGCGGCGACGGCGUGUCCACAGCGGACGAGUGCGAGGAGGUGCCCGCCACGAGCGCGCUGGAGCGGCAGCUGCGCGCCUCCGCGCUGGACUACAGCCACCGGUUCCUGGGCCACUGCAACACCACCACCGACAUCAAGGAGGCCAACUUCCUGGGCCCGCAGGCAGCCUACGUCGCCGCGGGCUCCGACGACGGCAGCAUGUUCAUCUGGUGCCGGCGCUCGGGCAACAUAGUGCGCUGCCUCCGCGGCGACGAGUCGAUCCUGAACUGCGUGCAGAUGCACCCCUCGCUGUGCCUGGUGGCCACCAGCGGCAUCGAGGCGGCCGUGCGGCUGUGGAGCCCCCGCGCGGAGGACGCCGACGGCGAGGGCGGAGGGGGCGGCGGUGGCGGAGGGGGCGGCGGAGGGGGCGGAGGGGGCGGAGCGGGCGAGCGCGCCGUGGCGGACGUGGCGGCGGCCGCGCUGGCCAACCAGCAGCGGAUGCGCAGCGACCCCUUCGAGGCGAUGCUGUUCAACAUCAGCUUCGCGGCCGGCGGCGAGCGCGAGUUCAACUCGCCUGUCUGCCGCGCCACC